CGCCUUCUCUUUGUUGGGCUUCGGGGGUUGGGCGCCAUUUUGCGCGGUGGCUGAGUGGAGGCGCUGAUUGGGUUUCGGGGACCGGUGGCGGAGCCAAUCAGAGUGGGACCCGAACCGGGGGAGCAAGGCACGGUUUCUGAUUGAGGAUUGGAUAAAAAUUGACACAGAAAACUAUGGAGCAGUACACCACAAACAGCAGUAACUCAACUGAACAGAUAGUUGUGCAGGCUGGACAGAUACAGCAACAGCAGCAGGGUGGUGUGACUGCUGUCCAGCUGCAGACUGAGGCUCAGGUGGCAUCUGCCUCAGGCCAGCAAGUUCAGACCCUCCAGGUCCAGGGUCAGCCACUGAUGGUACAAGUGAGUGGAGGCCAGCUAAUCACAUCAACUGGUCAACCAAUUAUGGUACAGGCUGUACCUGGCAGUCAAGGUCAAACCAUUAUGCAAGUCCCAGUUUCAGGAUCACAAGGACUUCAGCAGAUCCAGUUGGUCCAGCCUAGUCAGAUUCAGAUUCAAGGUGGGCAAGCUGUACAAGUUCAGGGCCAGCAGGGCCAGACACAGCAAAUCAUCAUCCAGCAGCCACAGACAGCAGUUACUGCUGGCCAAACACAGACACAGCCACAGAUUGCAGUCCAAGGACAGCAGGUAGCUCAGACAGCAGAAGGUCAGACAAUUGUCUAUCAACCAGUUAAUGCUGAUGGAACAAUUCUUCAACAAGUUACAGUCCCUGUUACAAGCAUGAUCACCAUCCCAGCAGCCAGUUUGGCUGGAGCACAGAUAGUUCAGACUGGAGCCAACACCAAUACAACUAGCAGUGGACAAGGGACAGUAACAGUGACUCUGCCUGUUGCUGGAAAUGUGGUUAAUUCCGGUGGAAUGGUCAUGAUGGUCCCGGGUGCUGGAUCAGUGCCAGCAAUCCAAAGGAUACCUUUGCCUGGGGCUGAGAUGCUGGAGGAAGAGCCCCUGUAUGUGAAUGCGAAACAGUAUCACCGGAUUCUGAAGAGAAGGCAAGCAAGAGCCAAGCUGGAAGCAGAAGGGAAAAUACCUAAAGAGAGGCGGAAAUAUCUUCAUGAGUCCCGACACCGACAUGCAAUGGCAAGGAAGCGAGGAGAAGGUGGACGCUUCUUUUCUCCAAAAGAAAAAGAUAGUCCCCAUAUGCAGGAUCCUGGCCAGGCAAACGAAGAAGCUAUGACACAGAUGAUUAGAGUAUCCUAACAACCAACUAAAUAACAAAACAUCUGGACAAAUACCUUGUGUCUCUGCAAUUGUUCCCUCUCCUUCCUGUCAAAUCAACUUCUGAAUGGGAAAAUUUGCUAUAUGCACAACCUUGUUCUUUUUCAGAACAAAUACUACACUCGCAGUGAGUGAUUUGUUUUAGGCUUUUAAAUGCAAUGGACUCGAUCAACUGAAAUACUAAUGGACUGUCCAUUCACCCUCCUCAGACCAGGGAUUGAAAAGUCUGGUUCAAGGGCCUCUAACAUUCUUGGCAGGACAAUGGCCCAGCUUGAAAUUGCCACUGCCUUAGCAAUAAUUGACUUGUUGACAUAGGACAGCUAUACCGUUUGGAAACCAUGGGAUUUGAACCACGCAGAAAUACUAAUGUUUGGAACAGCCAGAGCUGACAUGUUUUGUUUUCUCAGUGUGAUUUUCUGGUCUCUCACGGACUCAGCUUUUUAUUAGGAUUGUUAUUACUUUCCGGCAGCAUAACUUUCUAUUGUUGAAGCAUAAUCUCUCAUAAAAUCUUGACAAGAUGCUGAAAGUUUUCCUUGAAAUACAGCCCACCAUGUAUGCAUCUGGGACAAAAUUAAUCUCUUCUCUCAAAAGUAUUAGGAAAGUUAGUUGUAAAGCCUUAGGAAAUGUAAGCUUAUUCCAGUGGCUAGAGAGAUUGCAUACUUGCACAGGGAAUGGCCAUGGGGCGGAGGGGGGUGCAAGGAGUGGGCUGAUUUUGUGACUAGCAAAGUGUUUUGUUUUAUAGUUGAAUUGUGCUUUUGACAGUUAAAGCUCACUAACUUGCUCUCCUAGAAACUGGGUGUGCAGGCUGUGGUUGUCUCCAGUUAUGCAAACUAGUCCUCUGCCUGGAUCCAUUGAUUUUCUGUGAUCAAAGGAUUAGAUGCAGUACUGAAUUGUGAACAUCAGUCAGUUUGUAAGGACCAUAUCAUUCCUCUAACCAAACCAUAACUCUUUAUAUCCUGUUGAAGUUCAGGCUGUUUUGGAUAUGAGAAUAUGAACUGUCCUUUCCAAUUUUAUAUAUAAUGCACUUCGUAAAUCUAGCAUUUAAUUCAGAAUCCAUUAUUUCCUGUUUGAAGAGCUUUUUCUUCCCCUUGGUCCUGUCCAUAAAAGGUUUAUGAUUCAUCCUUAUGCAAAAAAGGCAAAACCAUAUUUGUUUUUUGCAAUCUCACUUGAUCAUUCAGACUUUGGCAUCAGAUCUGAGAUUCAUUCUGUCAAGUAUUGCCUUGUUUCCUUUGUAUAUCUUUCAUUACUAAAUGCAUUUCAUUGGUAAAUGCCAAGAGGUCUGCUUUUGUAUGUUCAUAGGCUUCUCUUCAGCCCUUCAGCUGCUCAGCAAAACUGAGAAUGGAGGAGUAUUGGAGCAGGUCUGUUAUGGAAAACAGAGCAGUGAGUUUCACACAAGUGCUGCAUAUAAAAAGUGGUCUGGAAGUUGACUAUUACAUUUUUAAAGGGGGUCUUGCAGUUUUGAAAGAAGUGGUUCUUUACCGGAGAAAGUAGACAUUGGUCCUCACUUAAUCUUGUUAUGGCUUGGAGAAGUCUGCCUUCACAAAAUUCCUUUUUUAUUACUUGAAAUAGAAAACAGUUCAGGAGGGAUGAAGAGAGAAUGUAUACAUGCAAAUUAUUGCUAAGUGAAAAAUUCAAACAACUGACAUUUACAAGUGAUGCAAACCUUUGGAAUUAGUCUUACCAAAGUUCAACUGGAAGUUGGGUGUGGACCGAAUUUUAUGCAGUUGCUGUUCACAUGGAGUUCAGUUCUCUAACUUAAGCUUUUGGCAGCAAAGAGAUUUGUUUCAUUUGGUAUCUGUAAAGUCCUGUUUAAGCCUGCAUUGUAGGUUGUACAUUUAUAAAUGUGUUCGUUUUAUUCAGUCAUUCUGUUCUUCAGCUGGCUGCUUCAGCAUGUAGCAUUUCUCUUCACUGAUUUAAAUAAUAAAUAUUUGAUUCGGAUUUAAGUGAUGGUAUUAGUGAAGGAACAAUGAAUACUUUGUAGGUGGGAAUGGAUUUUCUUUUCUACCUUUGCUGUAUAUUGGCCUUCCUAUGCCUUGUGCCCUCCAGAUGUGUUGGGUCCACAGCUCCCACAGUUCCAAUUGACAAUUCCCGAAGGCUAUGUUUUUUGGGAAUUCUUGGGAUUCUGGUCCCAAAAUAUCUGUAGGACAUCAAGUUUGGGGAGGUUGCUGUAAAUAUUAAAAGCACUGAUGCAUUCUGAAAUAAUGCUGAGUGAGGGGAAGAUUCUGUAUAGUUUGGGUUAGAGAUUUUUCUCCCCAUAAAUUCCUCUUUUCAGCUGUCAUUUUAUUACUGCAUAUUGGGGUAUUAAGAGAAUCAAGGUUCUCCUAAUUCUUACAUAUAUUUAAAAUAUAACAAUACAUUUGCAACUUAAAACUAUUUAGCCAUUACAACCUUUCCAUUUAUUGAAAAAUACAAACAUAAUUGGUCUUUGUGAUAUCUGUAUGUAGAUGAUGCAGAAACCUAUUUAAUUUUUGGUCUUUAGAAAAUUCCUAUAGUUAGUUUUUUUCUGUAAUGGUGUAAAUUACCUGAUAGAAUCUAUUAUUCCAAUGGCUUAGAUUUCAUGUGCAUAAAACAAAUUUAUUUCAAACUAUUUUUUAAUCUUGGGAAUCUCAAACUACAAGAUGAUGCAAAAUGUUUUGUUCUCAAGUAAAAUUUAAAGUAGAAGUAAUACCAAAUAUAAAUUUUUAAUUAGAAGAGAAAAGUCAGACCAUGAAAUGCUUAAUUGGGAGUAGAUUUAAGGAUAAAGCUGUAGUGGGUUUGCGGAAGGUGUGAAUUUCUUCUUUUGAAUUAGAAAGCACUGGAACAUUGAGCCUAUAUAAAGUGGCUUGAUACUUAGGGGUGGAAUAGUAACCCCCAAUUGAUGCUUUUUCCAAUAUUUUGCAUGUAAAAAUCUUUUUUUCUUUUUCUUAUUUUGGUUGUGAAUGGAGCUGGGGCAUUGAUAUUUGUGAAAUUGUACGGCAAAGUUUGUAUAUAGUUCAAAAGUUUAUAAUUUUUUACUCUGCAUUUUGAAGUGUAUUUUGUCUUUAAUAGAUACAACUGUAAGUACUGUGUACACUAUUAAACCAAUAAAAUGUUUAUAAAAUA